UAAUAUGUUCAAAAGGCCCCCAUACAUAAUAAAACAUCCACGUUAGCCGUAUCCAAAAAUAGACCGCACUCUGAAGAAUAUGUAAACAUUCAAUUGAUUGCAGGGUUCAAACCUGUGAUCUCUAUAUGACAUGAAUCUAGCUCAUGUUGUUCAUUAAUGUAAAGAAGUGAACAAUCAGAGAUAUGAAAGAAGGCAGAGUAGGAACUGUACUUGGGAAAAAAAUAAUGAAGUUAGUAACUGUUCUACCUUUUUUAGUAGUAAUAUUCUCGUGUUUUUGCAUACCCAUUCUCCCUAGCCAAAAUAUUGUCAAAGUAGGCAAAUCAAUCACUGGAAACCAUAAAAUGGUUUCAGCUGGUGGAAGUUUUGCCUUAGGAUUUUUCACUCCAGUCAAUUCUAAUUUUACCUACCUUGGCAUAUGGUACAAUACAAUCCCUGAACAAACAGUAGUUUGGGUUGCUAACAGAGAAUCUCCGAUCCCUCAGAAUUCUACUGCGGUUUUCACUAUUGGCGAUGCUGGGAAUUUAGUGAUUUUUGAUGAAAAACGUGAACUCAUUUGGUCAUCGAAUGUUUCAUUCACAACAAAGGAAUUAUUAACUUCAAAUUCUACUGUGGGGGCAUUGUUAGAUGACGGAAAUCUCAUUCUCAGACAUGGUGAGUCCAAUAUACUGUGGCGGAGCUUUCAGCAUCCUAGUGAUACAUUAAUACGUGACAUGAGAUUCCAUUUCAAUAAAAUUAGUGGCCAACAAACCUUGAUCAGUUCGUGGAUGAGAAAUGAAGAUCCUCGGCCUGGAAAUUUCUCUUUUGGAAUAGACCGUAGUGAAGGGCGCACGAGUUUUUACAUUUGGAACCAGAACAGUGUUUACUAUAGAUUCGAUGAUAGUAAAAAAGGGUAUACGCUAGGAAUCACGUGGUAUAUAUCUAUUGUUACUAUUAACGAAAAUGUAUAUAUCACUUUAGCUUACUACAGAAGCUUAUUAAGAGUCGUUUUAAAUCCUCUUGGGUACCUUCAGGUUAUGGUGUGGAAUAGGAAUGGUAGUAAUGAGUGGAAUGUUGAAUUUCAAGCACCACAAGCUAAGUGUGAACUUUAUGCUCACUGUGGUCCGUUUGGUAGCUGUGGGAUCAGAUCAAGUGGAUUAUGCAGAUGUUUAACCGGAUUUGAACCUAGAUUUUCCACAGAUUGGGCUAAUGGGAAAUGGAAUGGAGGUUGUGCAAGAAAAAUAGCGUUGGGAUGGGAUGGUGGAGAUCGGUUUUUGAAACACGAGAAUAUGAAGUUGCCAGAUCAUGCUAUCUCUUUAGGAAAUAUGAGCACUAGAGAGUGUGAAACUCAGUGCAUUAGGAACUGCUCCUGUUCAGCUUAUGCUUGUUCGAUAAACGCCUGUUUUAUAUGGCUUGGAGAUUUACUGGAUCUUGGGAAUGUCAUUACCGACGGCAGAGCUCUCUAUGUUCGAGUUCAUUUCUCUGAGCUAAUUGCUCAUGGUCUAUCUGGGAAUUCAGCUCAAAGAUACAAAAUUCUCACUGCAAAAAUAGUUUCUGCAAUUUUCACAAUAUUGCUUCUUGUUAGUAUCCUUGCUUUUAUCUUCAAAAUAAAGCGCUUGAAAAGACCAGGUAAGAUGGACGGAGAUUUAGCUCUAGUUAGCUCCGUCCCUAGUGGAUCUUUAGUAGGGAAAGAUGAUAUGAAGUUGUUACAGUACAGCUUGCAGAAUAUACGAGACGCUACAAACAACUUCCAUGAAGAUAACAAACUCGGAAAAGGUGGUUUUGGCCCUGUGUUUAAGGGUAUCUUGACUGAGUUCGGAGAAGUAGCCAUCAAAAGGCUAAGCAGGAGGUCCUCACAAGGACUGGAGGAGUUCAUGAAUGAGUUGAAGCUAAUCGCGCAUUUGCAGCACAAAAAUUUAGUUAGCCUCUUAGGAUGCUGUGUUGAAGGGGAGGAGAAGAUACUGAUCUACGAGUAUAUGCCCAAUUGCAGCCUGGACAAAUUUCUUUUUGACCCUACAUUGAAGGUUAAACUCGAUUGGGUCACACGUUUUGGGAUAAUAGAAGGAAUUGCUCAAGGAAUGCUUUACCUACAUAAGUAUUCAAGAUUAAAAGUCAUUCACAGGGACUUGAAGGCAAGCAACAUUCUGCUAGAUCAAGAGAUGAUCCCUAAAAUAUCUGACUUUGGAAUGGCAAGGAUUUUCGGGAUUGAUCAAACACAGGCCAAUACAAAACGAGUGGUUGGUACAUAUGGCUAUAUGUCUCCAGAAUACGUAGUAUAUGGCCAAUUUUCGGAGAAAUCAGAUGUUUUUAGCUUUGGAGUAUUGCUUUUGGAAAUUCUGACUGGUGAACGAAACUCAGACUUCUACAAGACUGAAAUUUCUGUGUCUCUAUUAGGAUGGGCAUACAAUAAAUGGAAAGAAGGAAGAGUGUUGGAGUUGAUCGAUCCAUCAAUAAGGGAAACCUACGACUGUAACAAAGCAACAAGGUCAAUUUUGGUGGCUCUUCUUUGCGUUCAAGAACUUCCAACUGAUCGGCCAACAAUGUCUGAUAUUGCUGGCAUGUCAAGCAAUGAAUCAUUGGCCAUCCCUGAACCAAAAGAACCGGCUUUUCGCAGCAGCUGGCGACAUCAGAAGUUGAAAGAUUUUUCCAUUAAUGAGAUGACAUUUAGUUUGCCAGUACCUCGAUGAUUUAGCUUCCAUAUUUCUUAUGGAAGUAAACUUAUUAAGAAAAGAACCAUCUUCUCAAAAUUUUAGCUAUAGGCAGUGAAUAGAGUUUUACUUGUGAUAUUUCAAACAUAAACUGUUCAUAAGGUCUUGAUGUUAUGAAAAUUGAAACUAUACUAUGUUGUUUGCUUUGA